AUGACCGUCGAAUAUAUCGCAAAGGCGGAGUCCAUGCGCCCUCGGGUCCUAGGGAUAUCGUCUCAGAACUCUACUAAGUUGCUGAAAGCCACCCGCUUUUUCUUUGCUAUCGUCAAGGCGCAGAAGGAGCACCGCCUAUACGAAUUCUUCAACAAGUGCCUUGAGCACGGCAACCCAUCGUCGCCAAACUGCGUCGAGAGCAACCUCUUUGGCUCAUUCCGGGUGAUUCAAACUCGCGAGCCCGAGCACCUUAAGGCCGUCCUGACCGGGAAGUUCGCAGACUUUGGUAAGGGCGAGCUUUUCCACGAGCUUUGGAUCCCGUUUCUGGGAGAUAGCAUCUUUACGACUGAUGGCAAAGAGUGGCAGGGAAGCCGUAAUCUUAUUCGGCCGAUGUUCAUCAAAGACCGGAUCAGCGAUCUUGAUAUCUUCGAACGCAAGGUCCAGACUAUGCUGAACUUAUACAGCCCUUCUGGUCAGCCAACCGACGUUAUGGACCUAUUCUACCGGAUGACUCUGGAUGCCAUUACUGAAUUCCUUCUUGGAAAGAGCAUCGACAGUCUCGAAAACCCACAGGCCGACUUCGCCUUGGCCUUUGCAGAAGUACAACGCAUCCAAACAAUGCUAACAAUGAUCGGCCCAGUUCAGCGUUUCUAUCCACGCGGAAAGUACAACGAAGGUCUCAAGGUAAUCAACGACUUUGUCUGGCCAUUCGUGCACGAAACCCUGAGCCUCCAGGCCCACGAAGUAGAAAAAGGCCCAGAGAAGUCCUUCACCUUCCUACACGCCCUAGCAAACUACACCCGCAACCCCAAGACCAUCCGCGACCAAGUCGUCUCAGUCCUCCUCGCGGGCCGCGACACCACGGCCGCAACGCUCUCCUGGACCUUCUACGAACUCUCCCACUACCCAGCGAUCUACGCAAAACUCCGCGCCGAGGUCCUCGACAAAGUCGGCCCGUCUCGCGCACCCACAUACGACGACCUAAAGAACAUGCCCUACCUCCGCCACACAAUCAACGAGGCCCUGCGCCUCUACCCAGCCGUCCCUUAUAACAUCCGCUUCGCGCUCGCAGAUACAUCCCUCCCGACAGGCGGCGGCCCCGACGGCGACCUCCCCAUUACAGUCCUGAAGGGCGACGCGGUAGCCUACUCGACGUAUGCGAUGCAGCGCCGCGCAGACCUGUAUCCGCCUGUGUCUGAAAGCUUCGCGGACCCUGGCGUGUUCUCGCCGGAGAGGUGGGAGAGGUGGUCGCCGAGGCCGUGGCACUAUAUACCGUUCAAUGGGGGGCCGCGGAUCUGUAUCGGGCAGAACUUUGCGCUGGCGGAAAUGGGGUAUACGAUUGUGCGGAUUGUGCAGCGGUUUGGGCGGAUUGAGUAUGUGGGUGAUUGGGAAGAGCAGUUUCAUAAAUCUGAGAUUGUGGGCACGCCGGGGAUGGGUGUUAAAUUGCGGAUGUAUGAGCUGUAG